AUGGUUGAUUCCGAGGUCGUUUUAAAAGCAGAAGAUAUUGCUCAUGUUCUUCGUGAUUGUAUUGCACUAUUGCCUGGUUCACGGGAUCGCAAUGGUCGAGCUAUUAUUAUUUUUCCACCUAAGGAACAGCAAUUGAAUCCGGACAACAUUAGGAAUAUAUUGCGUUAUCUCCACACAGUCACUGCCGACGAAGCUAGGGAACUUGGAUUUACCGUGAUUAUAGAUAUGCGUGGUAAGCAUGCAUAUAAUAAUGUACGGCCGAUUCUUAAGGCUAUUAAUCACCUCUGUGAAACCACAACUGGACUCAAUAUAAUGAUUCUCGUCAUUAAACCGGAUAAAUUCUGGGAAAAACAAAAGGCCAAUAUUCUGCUCGGGUCAUGGACCUUCGAAGUUCACAUGAUAUCUAUUGAUGCCUUAGCCAAAUUCGUUGAUUCUAACCAACUCAUACGAGAUCUAGGAGGAUCUUUUCCUUACGACCAUGAUGACUGGCUUGAUACUCGAUUGGAACUAGAGCGUUGGAUUUGGCAAGUCUCUGAAGUAAUGCGGAAUUUGGAAUGUCAGCGUAGAUUUAUGACCGAAGCUCAGUCUCCGGUAGAUGUUGCCACAGCGGAAACAGCACUUUCUCAGCAUUCUUUAAUAAAGAAAACCAUCUUUGCAGUCCCGAUUGAACGUUUGCAAAGCGAAUCGGACAGAAUUAGCGAGCGAAUAAAUCGGGCGCAGUGUGGGAUUUCGAAUCCUGAUCUCGUUUCUUCGAUCCCACAUAUGGUCAACCUUCUCACAUCAUUGCGAAGCUUGAAAAACGAUGUUUUCAAACAGUGGGAAAAUCGGCGCGUCGAACUAGAAGGGUGCUAUCAAAUGAAAUUGUUCGAGCAUGAUGCUGAUGAAAUGCUGGAUUGGACUCGAAAGCACUGCGAAUCCCUAGCGCGUCGUAUGGGCGACAUCGGUUCGAACGAUUUGGAAGCCUCGGAAAAGCUCCGCGAGUUUGAGGAAUUUUCGUCAACUGCCGCUAAUGCUGAGGUGAACAUAGUGCAAGUAGCAAAUAUAGCAGUUCGCUUGCGAUCCGUUGGCAGUCAGUCCACACGUAACAAGCUCGAAAGAACAAAGUUGCGAUUGGAAGAAGAAUGGUCACGUUUUCAAGAGCAGUUACUGAAAAGGAAACUCAUAUUAAAUGCAGCAGUCGCUUUUUUCGUCGAAACUAAAGUGUACUUCAACCAGUUUUCUUCAUGGAUAGAAAGUCCAGGUGUAGAUCCUGUCAUUAUGAAUGGAAAGACUGCAGAAAUUCUCGAAGAAGCUAUCCAAGAACACGAGAAGUUUUGGGCGGGUGUUGAAGAAAUAUAUGCUGAGGCUUUCGCGCAAGGAUCACAGUUGGCCCAGUUACUGAAAUCAGUGGACGUCGAUGAUUGUUUCUCCAAGGAGCAACUUGGAAAGCUCACGAAAGCUCAUAAACAUUUGUUAUGUAUGUGGAAAGAAAGGAGGGUUCGACUUCACUCAAUGUUGGCGUUGAUUGCUUUCCGCACUGAUACUCAGCUUGUUGUUGAGUGGCUUGAGCAGCAUGGCGAUCCGUAUCUUAUAAAGAACAUCAGCAUAGGUGAAACUGUUGAGCAAGCUCGGACGUUGCAAAGAAAUCAUAGCCACUUCCGUCAAAUUGCAAAGAACACGUACUCUAACGCAAAUAAGCUUUUCGAGGCUAGCAAGGCUAUAUUAGAGUCAGGAGUUUGCGAUGCUGAGAAAAUGAGAACUAUGAUUGGAGACUUAGAUCAGAGGAUUCAACAGUUUACUCAUCGUGUCGAAGCCAGGUUUAAUUUGCUUAACCAGUCUGUGCUCUUCCACACACAUUAUCACGAAAUCAUGGCUUGGUACGACGAAAUGGAGAAGAAAUAUGCAGAACGGGUGGUUGACUCAGAUGUCGAGUCUUGCGAGCGUAGCAAAGAACAAUGGCUGUACGAGAGCGAUGGGACCGCUCAGGCAUACGCAACAACUAUUGGGGAGGGAACACAAUUGGUUCAUGAACUUGAAAUUCACUCCCAACAUAAUGGAAUUGAUUACACAAGCAACAUAGCAUGCAUUAAUCGUUUAAUCAGAAGUAUAGAAAGUAGGAACAGCAAACUUUCUACUCUUUGGAAUCCACAGCGAAUUUUGCUCCAAAUCGGGCUUCGAUUUGCUGUAUUUGUUCGCGACAAUUGUGAGGUUUUGUCGCAGAUCCGCAGUUGGGAAGAAGACAUGCGUGGAAUGUUGGAAUCAUCCACUUUUGCUGGUAACGCUGAGAAAGUUCUUCCUUUUCAUCAGGAUAACACAGCUCAAGUGAAGAUGGCAGUCAAAAAUAUCCGCAAAUGUGCUCAGGAGGUUUUACAGUCGAUUCAUGGAAAUGGAUUUUCUGAUCUGCGAACAAGGCAAGGAAAAAGUGUUACCGAUCUAAUCAAGGAAAAUCUCAGGAUUCUUGAAGCUGCAGAGCAUCAAGUUAUGCAGUAUGCUGCUGAGACGUCUUACCGCAUCGAAGGCUCUCGAAAGCUAGGACGGAUUCGAAAUGUUGUUCGGGAAAUAGUCGCUGUAUUCGAUCGCGAGGAGAGAGCACUUCAGGCUAUGAGCGCUGUACCUGUCGAUUUGGAACAAGCUCUCAGAGCACAAGAAGCUCAUGAGCUUUUUAUAAAACGGAUAGAGUUGAACAACAUGGAUUCUGUGCGCGUUUUUUAUGAACUUUCUAAUGACCUUAUCCGAGAGGGGUGCACGGAUCGAGCUGCGGUAGUGGAGCUGAAUGAAAUGGUUACUGGGCGAUGGAGAAGGCUUAGUGGACUUGCCGAAGAACGGAACAAACUUUUGAAGGCUGCUAUAGUAUGCUACAAGACUUAUCUCACUGGAGUAUAUCCGAUUUUGGACCAACUGGAGAAGGACUAUAGCCAGAAUCCAGACCGCGAUUGGUGCGCUGUAAGGGUUGGAGAAACUCCUCAAGAAAGAGUCAAUGUCAUAUCAGAAUUACUAAGCAAGCAUAUGGACUACAAGGACAGGUUUCUGAAAGGGUGCAUUUAUGCGCAGAAGACAAGCGAGUUGUUUCUGAAGUACAUAGAGAGGACAAGCACAGGUUCAGGUGUCCAAAAUAGGGUUGACAGUGAGAGGAUCAUUCGCAUGAAGUCCGAUUUACGUGAACGGCAAUCGAAGAUUUUGGAGUUAUGGACGAAAAAGAAGAAGCAGCUAGACCGAUGCCAGCAGUUCGUACUAAUGGAUGCGACUCGCCAUGUCAUUGUGGACUGGCUCUGUGGAGAAGGAGAACGUCGCCUAGCCGAGUUUAUGAGCAAGGGUGUCGCUGACCAGACAAUAAUGGAAGACUUCCACACUUUCAAACUUGCGGUUAAGGAAGAGAGAGCUAAAAUUCAGACGCUUCUUUGUAUGGCCGGUCCCAUCAGAAAUGAAGCAAAACAACAUGCUGCUGACAUCGCGGAGUGCAUGGACGAUGUGCGCCUCCGUUUCGAAAAGUUCUCACGUCGGGUUGCUGAGUGUGAAACAAUUCUUCGCGGUGGAAAACCAUCUACUAAAGAUGAUCUCUCUCUUGAUCGAUUAUCUGACGCAAGUGUUGAAGAGAACGUAAACGCUAUGAAACGGGAGCAGAAUAGAAAAAUGAAGGAGCCGAUGCACGAACUUAUUAAAUCUGAGCGGGAUUAUAUAGAGGAUCUAAAGAAGUGCAUCCAGGUGUACAUUUCCGAGUAUGAUGCUGCGGAAACGAAUUCAACUCUUCCUUCCGUCUUGAAAGAUCGCCGUCAAGCAAUAUUCGGCAACUACGAGAAACUCUAUGCAUUCCAUGCUGAGAAAUUCAUACAUGAGUUGGCGAAAUAUGAAGAUGAUCCUGAAGAGGUCGGCUGUUCCUUCACGGUUUGGGUGGAUUAUCUGAACGAACUCUAUACAGAUUACUGUGUGAACAUGGAACAGAACAACCAUGUUGUUGCUUUACCGGAAGCAGUAGCUUUCUUCGAAUCUGUUAGAGAGAAGCAUGGUUUGGAGCAAAACAACUCUCUCCAUUCUAUGCGCAUCAAACCAGUUCAGCGAUGUACCAGAUACAAGCUUCUCAUGGAACAACUAUUGAAGCACUGCAGUAAUGUUGAGGAAAUUCGGGAAGCAUACGACGUAGUUAAAAGCCUACCACGACGUGUGAACGACAUAAUACAUUUCAACGGCCUUGAAAAGGAUAAGCUCGGAGUUGUGGGACCAUUCGUCAUGCAAGAUCUUCUGACAGUGUGGGAACCUCGAAAUUAUUUCAACAAAGCGAAAGGAAAGGAGCGCCAGGUGUUUCUGUUCGAACAAGCAGUUGUUAUUGCGAAAAAGGUAGAGUUCACUCCAAAAAACGUAAAAUACAUAAUCAAAGGAAAACCUGUACCUUUAGCGGACGUUUCGGUUGUUGAACACGUGGAAGGAGAUUCAUGUCGCUUUGGUCUCCGAAUUGGAACCGUGGCAAGCAACGAGAACCGAAUAGAUUUGCGAAGUGCACCGCAGCCGAAAGAGGAGGUGAAAAUUAUGUGGGUGAAACGAAUUCGCGAACUCAAACAAGCGUUGCUCCCUCUAAAUCUUGGAGUCGGGUUGGAAGGCGUGCCUUCAUCUGGUAGCUCCUCAUCGGUACCAUCUGUUACCGCGCGAUCUUCUAACGCUUCAGCGAAUUCUUUCGAGAUUGGGUCUCGCGACACUGACGAGACAUCAUCGUUGGACUCUCAGCGACUUUCUGUGCAAAGUGUUGACAGCAAUCAGCAGUCGCCAGAGCAAUGGGUUGUUAGUGCUGAUUUUGAUGACAAAGUUGCCGGGCAUCUAAGUGUUUGGAAGGGCGAGAAAGUUGAGAUGUUGGAACAACAAAAUGCGGGUGGAAUUGACUGGGUGCAUGUGGUAAUUGUGGACGACAGUACCAGAACGGGUCUAGUGCCUUGCUCAAUUUUGUUGCCAGAUGCACCAUCGUCUUCAUUUACCACUGAUCGUCCAGACGCAGGAAGUCCAGGUGGUGGUGUCAUGAAGAGGAAAUCUUUGAGACGGAUUUUCGGAGGCUCAAAUCCAUCGAAAGACCACCAUUCUCCAUCAAGCCCUACAAGUAGGAAAAGGUUCAGCGAAGAAAGGCCACGAGCUGUGCUGUCUUCUUGUGACGUUGAACCAGCGGAUUCUACUCGUACGGGCAGUGCCGUUCAGGACACAGUUUUAGACGGAGAACUUUCGCCUGAAGCAGAAUCUAACUGUUGUGCUUCCGUGGACGAAGGCUUACCGCCUCCUAUGGACGAAAUUACGUUGAACAACUCUCACAUGAAUGAGGACACAGCGCAGGAGACUACAACGACACCGGAAGAAAUGAGAGAAAGUGUAGAGGACGAGUCUCCAGAAAAGCAGGAAAAGACGCCUGAAGAAAUGGCUCGCCUUAAGCGACAGUAUGUUCUAAUGGAGCUGGUGGAAACCGAAAAAGAUUACGUGAAGGAUCUUUCUUCUGUCGUCGAUGGUUACAUAGCGAAUCUUGAACGAAUGGAGUUACCAGAUGACCUUGUUGGAAAGGACAAAAUCAUAUUCGCUAACAUUGCACAGAUACUUGAAUUCCACAAGAACAUUUUUUUGAAGGAAAUUGAGAAGUGCCUUGAUAAUUACGAGGUCGCCGGAAGUGCCUUUGUCAAAUAUAAGGGAAGACUGGAGACGAUGUAUGUUCGGUAUUGCCAGAAUAAGCCAAAAUCAGAUUAUCUAGUGUCUCAGGAUGAUUUUGAACAGUUUUUUGCUGAGACGAAAGCAAAAUUAGGCCAUAAAGUCGCACUGAGCGACCUACUCAUAAAACCGGUGCAGCGCAUCAUGAAAUAUCAGCUUCUCCUAAAAGACAUCCUCAAAUUCACUGAACGAGCGAAGGAGAAGACAGAUGUGCUCAAGAAAGCGCUUGCGGUUAUGCAUGUUGUGCCGAAGGCGUGCGAUGAUAUGAUGCAGGUUGGAAGAUUACAGAACUUUGAUGGAAGUCUGAACGCGCAGGGAAAACUUCUUUACCAGGGAACGCUUCCUAUAUCCGAUAGUCAAGGAGGAACUUCUCAAAAAGCGAAGGAUCGCCGAAUUUUCCUAUUUGAGCAGUCAGUCAUCAUAGCGGAUCACAUACCACCGAAGAAAGAAUUUGGCAAUCCCAUUUACAUUUUCAAAAAUCAAAUUAUGGUGAACAAAAUGCUGUUCGAACCAUCUGUCCCAGAUGAUCCUUUAAAGUUCAUUAUCCGCAGUUCCGAUCCUGCCCAACCAACAUCAUUUAUUGCUACCGCUCAAACACAGGAAGAAAAGAAUGAAUGGGUACGCUAUAUCGGUGAACAGCUCGAUCAGCAAAAACGAAUGUUAGCAGCCCUAGUGGAUCCACGACGAUUUAUGGGCGGAGCAACGGAUGAUCUGACUGGAGCGAUGUCAGGCCUAGGAAUGGGAUCCGAUGGAAAGAAGUCGCCAUCUGCUAGUGCUGGAGGAGGUGCAGGUGGCAUAGGAUCGUCACGGUUUGGGUCCGGUUCAUCCAAAACCACACAGGCCAAGCCGGACUCGCCGAAGAAGGAGAGCAAAGGUGGCAAGCUGUUUGGAUUCGGGAAGAAAGCGUCUGCUAAAUCACCCACUUCCCCACCACCGCCUUCACGAUUUCCCACGUCUCUGCGAGGAGUUGCGAGUUGUGCGUAUCAAGCCCUCAGGAAAGGUGAAGUAGGCUUGCACCUUGGCGAACAGGUUCAAAUACUUGAUGUAAGCUGUGGAUUUUCUCAUAUUUUGAAAGAGGACGGAAAACACGGGAACGUUCCAAGCUAUUUCUUGGAAUUGAAUGAUAUUCCAGGCGACACAUUUGCAGAGCAAAUCAGAUAUCGCCGGAUGUGGCAUACAUUGGUUGAUGAAGUGGCGAACGUGUUGCCCGACUUUUCACCAUUGACAGGACAUAAGCAUCGAAAUGCGCCAGUAUUGGCUCUGGAGAGACGUCCACUAUUUACUGAGCCAUUGACGGACGUGAACGUCUGCGAUGGAGAUACUGUUGUUCUUGAACCAGAAAUCACUUCAGCUUCACCGUUCACGGUCACUUGGCGCGGACCUGCAGUACAAUCGGGAAAAGCCGAGAUAAAAACUGACGGCAAACGAACACGAUUAAUUAUUGGCAGAGUUGUUCGCCUGGAUUCUGGCCCCUAUUCAGUGGUGGCUAAGAAUGCAUACGGUUGUUCUUCUUCGCUAGCUGUUGUAAAAGUUAUUGCUCGACCAGAUCCCCCAAAAUCAGUCGUUUGUGAGCGAGUUGGUCGAAAUGCCCUCCUUUUAAGUUGGAGUUCUGAACCUCGUAGCGGUCUCUUGUUCUGUGUGGAAUACAAGAGCGAAGAAAUGUCCUCGUUUCGGUGCGCAGCGUCAGCCUUACGAUCAACCACAAUCUCUUUGCGUCACUUCCGUCCUGUUAGAUACCGUAUUCGCAUUUUUUCGUACAACACCAGAUUUCGUAGUCAUCCAACCGAAGAGAUAGAAGUGGAUUUUAGGAGCGAUGUUAGUCUUCUGGAAAACGCUCCUCAUUUUUCGAGCUGUUUCAACCUGGGCGAAAUUUGUGCGCGUGGUCGCUCAUCUGUAGUAUACGAUGCGAAACAUCUAAAAACUCAACGAAGCUUGAUAGUGAAAGUGCUAGUAGAAGGAAGAGCAAAGGAGGACAUUGAAAGAGAAGUUGCGAUAUUGUCCAUGUUACACCACACAAACAUGCCCCGUUUCAAAGGAGUAUUCUUAUUGGAUGGGCAGUACUGUAUUGCAAUGAAAAAGAUGGCUGGUGUUCCUAUUUCUGUUUUUGUGGACGAAUUCGUUCACAGUGUUGAAGGCGGACAACUCGAAAAACUUAUGCAACAUCUUUCUACUGAUAUUCUAUCAGCUCUCUCUUACCUCCAUACAAGAAGUAUAGCACAUCUGGAUGUGAAACCAGCAAAUCUUCUUGUCUCCGAUCAUGUUUCCUUAGUAGACUUUGGCAGCGCACGUUUUCUGGACGCAGAUGAUGUGGACUGGGGUGACGGAGAUAAAAGUUAUUCGGCUCCCGAACGUAUAGCAAUGAAGCGGCCGUCGGCAAAGUCAGAUAUUUGGUCGUUUGGUGCUGUCCUAUUUGAGGUGUGUUUCGGCGUUGCUCCACACAGAAUGCUCACAACUCUGACAGUGAAUGCUGAACGGAGAUCACAAGCACUGCUUUCUUUCCUAAAUGAGGUCCUUGCUCUGGAGGCGGCACGGCGCCCCUCCGCUGCAGAAUGUCUACAACACCAAUGGUUUGAGGCCUGCACGGGAGAACUACGAGUACCUCAUGAAAGACGGGAAUUUAGAUCAAGGAGUGUUAGCUUCGAGAGCUAA